AUCUGUAAGAGAUAAGAUACAUCAACAAAUAUUUUCCAAUAAUGUGUCACAAAAAACUACAAAUAAGUGUACAAUAAUAUAUUAAUAUGAAUAAUGGGUACAGUAAAAAAUGUACCAAAUAAAAAAGUUUUGUUAACAUAUGAACUUAAUUCCAAGCAAGAUGCUUUAGUAAAUUAUUUAGUACCUUCAGUUUGUGCAUGUAUUCUUUAUAUGUUUUUAAUAGCAGCGGAUAUUGCGGUAAUUUUUAGUCAUUAUAAAAAUGGAGAUCCUAUUUGGGCUUCUCUAACUUUAUUUAUUUUAUAUAUACCAGUAUUGGCAAGUUUCAUUAUAAUUAUUUCUAAUUGGGAGUUGUGGCCUGAAUUUGAGUCUUGCUCAAAAGUGAAUUUAAUAUGGUUUUGGACGAAAGUGUUGGAACAUUUACUUUUUCCAGUUUGGAGUAUGUGGAGAUUUGCAGAAAGAAUAUUUUGGUCUAUAGAAGCCGUAAGAGCUGCGGAUGAGAGAUCAACUAAAGAUGCUGUAUCUGUCAUUACAUCUCCUCGGUCUAUAGAGUUGUACAUAUUCUUACAAUCUUAUUUACAUGCUUUACCACAAGUUUUAUUACAACUCUAUAUUCUUAUACGACAUAACAAUGAUCUAAAUCGCCAAACAGAAAAAGCCCAAAUACUUAGUCUUGUACUGAAUUUAGUAAAAGUUUCCGUAACAACUACUUAUUAUCAACGAUUUAAAUCCCAAAAAUUAACAGGGAAACAAUAUCCAUGGUACAAACAACACGUGGCUAAUGUUCAAGCUUCCAAUGUGGUACUGAGAAGACAUUUUGUUCCCCAAAGCAGAAAUGAAGAAGAGAGGCUAACGAACAGUCAACUGGUUAAUGAACAUGAUUCAGAUCCUCCAAGAUAUUCUAGAUUAAGUAGGAGAAGAAGUAGUGAUUUUUAUUUAGAACCAACAACCUCUGGACUAUAUCACAGACAUACACUUUUAGAAACCGACUUUGAUGAGAAUGUACAAACAAAAAUUAAAAUUUUAGAUGAAGGACUAGACGAAGUAGAUGGACCACCACAAUAUACAUCUGGGUCAUACGCAGUGCCAAUAAUUGAUGAUUCGAACAGAAUUGUAUCUAGCCAAAGCCUUGUCUCUGAUUAUACAGAACCAGACUUCAACAUUUCUAGAGUUAUAAACGUAAAAGGUUUAGAGGAUGAUGAUCUUGCCGGAAAGUUGAUAGCUAUUGUUUGGUGGUUCACAUUUUUAUUAGCCAGAGUUUUGACGAUAUCUAUUUUCGCAUACUUUUAUAUGAAAGAAACUAUCUACGUAUUAACCAUCCAUUUUAUAUUGAUUGUAGUUAUUCUCGUUUAUGAUGUCAAAUCAGACGCAGUUAAAAGAUCUAAAUCCGUAUUUUUUCUAUUUAUAGGUCUUGUAUAUAUUUUUUGUAUAAUUGAAUUCAAGAUUAAGUUUAAAAAAGCUACGUUAAUUUUCUAUGGAUUCUUCGUAGUGGUUUUUAUAGAAAAUAUUAUAAUGUGUUUGUUAUGGUACUUGUUAAGAGUUGAUUCUAUCGAGAAUGAUUUUUGGUUCAGAUACGUUUUUUAUGUUAUCAUUUCUUGUCUUAUCUUAAGUUUUUCGACGAUGGUAUUUUAUUUUAUUCUAAAUAAACCUCAGAAAGUUACAAUAGAAACAAUUGUGAAAAAAUAGUACAGCUCUCUUAUUUUUUGUUCCAUAAAAUGAAUUAUAUAUCAUUUUUGGAAACGUUCAUAUUGCCAGACUUACAAUCAAUUAUACGGGAACCUCGAACUAAAAAAGUAACUUUUAUAUUAUUCUGAAAUUUGUAUAUUUUAUUUAUAUUAAUAUUCUUUCUCAUUUGUAGUUCAUAGUACAUAGUACAUAGUAGAGUACAUAGUUCGUUUAAACAUCAAUUUAUAGUUUAUCUAUACCUAUAAACUUCUACUUACAAUACUAUUUUGAAUUUAUUUAUUUAUCUAUACCAUUUACCUUUUUACAUUAUUUAGUUUUCAAUUGCUUCUUAAUGAUCUGUACCACAACAAUUGUGGUCCUCUUCGAUCGCCUUCUUGUUACUUAACAGUUUAUGCUCUAUUUUUUUUUUCAUCGUUUUUUUUUAACAAUUUUGUUACUUCAACGUCAUAUCGUCCAGUAACGGUCCUUUAAUUAUCAAUUUAACUUUUGUAAGCAACAUCGUAUGAUAGAGCAAUCCAUAGAGUGGUAGAAAUCAUUAACAAAGGCUUUAAAAAAAAAUUUUUUUGUCUCAGCAGCGUUUCAAAAUAGCAGCUUAGCUUUUGAUAAGGUUUCACACAGAGUUGUUAUAUAAAAUCAAAAAUAAACUUCCACGUAACUUUUACCUAUUAUUAUUAUAUUUGGAGGAUGAACAUUUUUGUGUGAAAUGUCAACAUACAAGAUAACCGUAGGGUACCAUAAGAAAGUAUUCUGUACUCUAUCUAAUUUAUACUUCUGAUCCGCCAAUCACCAUGAAAACAGAAAUAGCAAUAUGAUUGCUGAUGACACAUGUAAGACAUUCAAAUCCUCAAACCGCAACGAACAAUAAUUUACAAGUGAGUUUAAAUAAAAUUCAAAUCUGGAUAAACAAGUCUAACAUGAAUAAGUCAAAUUAGGGAACAUUUACUUUACACGAAGACAUACCCACCAGUGACACUUAACAACAUUUAGUUAAAACAAGAAAAUGAGACAAAACACCUGGGUAUGUACCUAGAUAGGGGAUUAACAUGGUCAAAGCAGAUCUUAACAAAAAACUGGGUAUUAAAUUCAGAGAAAUGUACUGGUUCAUUGGCAGAAAAUCAUGAUUAAACAUUGAAAAUAAGCUGCUCCUCAUAAGAUAAUUAUUUGGGUUUCAUCCCAAGAAACAAAAAAGCAGACCAACGUGUCAAAGAAACAGCAUUUAACAAUGAAGCAACAAUAGCUAAACACCCUAAAACUUCUAAUUUAUUUACCAUCUAGUUUUCUUUUUACUAUCCCGAUGUGUUCACUAUGACAUAAAAUUCGGCUGUAAGAGACUCGUUUCAUGUAUUUUUUUCAUUUUCCAGAAUUUUAGAUAAACAAACAAAAAGGCCUUCUUAAAAAGUGUCCCUAUAAAAAAUCACAAAAACAAAUAAUUAGUCACUCAAAGAAAUACAAAAAAAGUAACCGGUGCUUCCGCCUAGCUUUAGAUUCGAUUAAAAUAUUACAGAAGAGCUGGCGUCACGGUCUAUGUCAAUUAGUAACAACAUUAAUCUCUAAGAUUAGGUGUUAUCAAUGUAAAAUUGUGAGGUGGGAAUAAAAUUGAAAAA